AUGACGAGGGCGCUCUCCGACGCGGUGGCCGGCGACGGCAUCCUGGUCAACACGAUCUGCCCCGGCCUCACCAACACCACUCGGGCGCGGCGGCUGCAUGCCACGCGCGCGGCCGAAGAGGGACGCGACGUGGACGAGCUGAUCGCCGAGGCCGGCCGCGGCCUGCCGGCGGGACGGAUCGCCGAACCGGAGGAAUGCGGAGGGAUCGCCGGUCCUGCCGCCGCGGUCGAGGACAUCACCGUCGAGGACUGGGACCGCACCGUGGCGGUGAACCUCAAUUCGCAGUUCUACUGCGCGCGGCGGGCGCUGCCGGCGCUGCGGGCCUCGGGCCGCGGGGCGCUCAUCAACCUGUCCUCGGUCGCCGGACGGCUCGGCUACGCCUAUCGAUCGGUGUACGCGGCGACCAAAUGGGCUGUCGUCGGCUUCACCCAGAGCCUCGCCAAGGAGCUCGGUCCCGACGCCGACGGCAUCCGCGUGAACGCCAUCCUGCCCGGCGUGGUCGACGGCGAGCGGUUCGAUAGCGUGGUCGUCGCGCGCGCGGCGGCGCUCGGCCGCGGCACGGCCGAGGAGGUGGAGCAGGAGUACCUGAGCCACGUGUCGCUGCGCCGCAAGGUG